AUGUCUGCCGCGGUCCCCUUAGAGCCAUGGCCUCCGAAAUCUCUCUCCACAGUACUCAUUUCCGCCUCGGAAACGAUUUUGCCCAGCUACGCCAGCACCAAGAUCUCCGCCCCGGCUCCCCUCGUCUUCUCCACCCUCCUCGACACAUCGACCUAUCCGGAGUGGAACACCUGGUGUCCGAGUGUGACCGUCCGCUCUCAGCCAGACGCAAAUUCUGACAAUGGUUCUCCAACCACAGCUUCGAGUCCAGGUCCUCAGCCCAGUCCAGUUUUGCAAAAGGAUACCCACUUUACCCUGCACGUCAUCAUGGACGCCUCCAAGCCCUCAAAGACCACAGACACCCAUCUACGUGUCACUGACAUCUCUAUCCCGACGAAGCAAUCCGAUUACGUCCCAGUUUCACUCUUGCAAUCACCGAGCUUCACGCAGAAUCUAGCAAAGGUGUACAGGGUUGCGUGGACGGUAGAGGGCGGGUUCGUGGCACGUGGGCUAAGGAGUGAAAGGUUCCAUGAGGUUAUUGUGCUGGGCCAGGAAGAGUGUGAGGUUAGGACUUGGGAGUGUCUUGGCGGCAUUUUGGCGAGGACAGUCAAGUGGUUGUAUGGCAGGACGCUGAUGGAGAAAUUUGGGUUGUGGGUAAAGGAUUUGAAGGAUUUUUGUGAGCGCAGAUAUGAAGGCGGGCGAGUCACUGAGGAGAGUACGGUGAGGGCAAUGGUGGAAGGGAAGAAGUGA